AAAAAAUUGCAUUAGAGCAGGAUACUCAACAAGAGUCUUUCUUUAAAAGUCGAGAUUUCACAAAUUGGUAGUUGUAAUAACUCACAUACUAGAGAUCAAAAAUAAAUUUGAUAUAUACUGUUGAAUACAGCACUUAAAGUUAUAUUUGCGCGGUUGUGGAAUACAUUUUCUGAAAUGAUUGAUUGAACUGCACAAGUACCUUUUUUCUAUUUCAAAAAUGGCUUUUUCGAAUUUUACUUACUUGUAACUUGUUUCUCUAGUACCGACUAUUAAGGUAUAAAUAAUAUAUUAAGUCUAUAAAUAAUAUAAAACUGUUAUAUUUUAUUCGACAUAACUAAUUGAUUUUAAAUUAAAAUGUUGGAAUUUGCUUCAUAUGUUUAAUAUUGCAAUGUUAUUUGCACUAAGGCAAGAUAGCAAAUUCCAAGGCCAUUUAUUCCCCAUUCCCAUGAAUACGGAACCACAGUCUAUUGAACUUCAAUCGGGCAUGGAUUAUAUCCAGGCAAUCCUAGGGCGAACAAAAUCAGAUCGAGGUACCUUCCAUGCUACUUGUAAUAAUCGCAGUUAAACUUUGCCCAAACGAAUACUCAUUCGAAAUCAAACGCGGUUUUAAGUAAAAUCGAGGGAAUAUGGCAGACUCGAACGACAGGUUAUGUCGAUGCAGUGUUUAUUAAAGUUUAUGUUUGCUCAGGCUGAAGCACAAAAUGUAAAACACUGCAUUCUGCAGUCAACGAUGCUUUACCCCAAAUUAAAGUCAUAAAAUGAGUUGUUAAACUCAGCAGAUGAUGUUAACUUCGGUAGUGAUAUGGGAAAUGUAAAUAUGUAUUAUUCAACCUAUUUCAGCAGCAAUCAAUCGACCUAUUUUGUAAGCGAAUUGCUACAUCAUGUUUACGUUGUACGUAUGUAUGUAAUGUUUGGCCUACUUUUUCAAUGUCACCCCCAAUGGUUUCACUAGGCCCACUUAAAAUCCCAGCAAGAUAAUGAGUGAUUUAUUAACGCUUUUACCACUAGGUUUACGCGCCGCCUGAAAGUUGACGGAAUAAUGAUUGAAAAAAAGUACUCGUUGCUAAAAAAUGAAGCACCAUAUAAAAUGCGUGGCAUCUGAAUUACACCCAAUUAUCGUAAGUGGAUACGCUUGUGCUGGUUCUCACUACAAAAUGAGUUUAUUAGCAUCCCUCAUUCUUACGUUCCUAUGCGUAGUUGAAUGUUGCGCUCAAGAACAUCGAAGCAAUAAUAGCAUUGUCAUAACGAGUCCAGAGAUCGAACCUGGUUCGGGAAAUUCUGAAUACAACGUAAGCCUAUCUAGUGAACUUGAAAAUGUAACUUCAACAAAAAUCGAUCAACACGGUAUCAGAAUCAAAGCGCUUGAACAGAAACUGGAAGAAAUUGAGAGAGAGAAAGUAAAGAAGUGCUCGCCAACGUCGUUUUUAGACACCUGGGACAUGGCAUCUCUAAUCAUGGAAAAAGCUCGAGAAACGGCACUAAAUGCUCCAAACGAUUCUCAAUGUCAAACAACAUGUCGGCCAGGCAAGAAAGGCCCUGAAGGUGCAAAAGGUGAUAUCGGAUCACCAGGACAAAAUGGCGCCACGGGACGUCAGGGAGCUAAAGGAGAAAGCGGAACACCAUGUAAUUGCUCGCGAUAUGAUGAGUUGGCACGCAAAGUUCAAAUCCUCGGAGAAAAAGCUCGAGAAUUACAACCUUUAGCAGAUGGUUGGUAUCGUGUUCACAGUUAUCCAUAUUGGUACAAACUAUUCAAAGAACCGUUAAGCUAUCAAACAGCCAGAAAAAAUUGCGAACUCAUGGGUGGCCGAUUAGCAGCGAAUGGUAUUCGUAAUCCAACUAUUCGCAGCGAUCUUCUCGAUACGUUCAUCAGAAGAACAGGAACUUCGAUCUGGAUAGGACUUGACGACCUCGAGAAACAAAACUACUGGAAAUGGUCUGACGGAGUUUCAUCAACUUCUUCUAAUACACCAUGGAGUGAAGGAGAACCAAAUGGUCCAAAUGAAAGAUGUGGGUGUAUGUGGAGUACCCUACAGCACAGAUUAGCAGAUCUCACUUGUAGUUAUCAAACAUUCUACCUUUGUGAGAAAUAAUUAAAAGAUCCCUUCUGUUUUACUUAUAAUUAAUUUAAUUAUUAUUCAAAAAAUUGAAUCGAUCUUGAUCUUGAGUUUUCUGAGAAUGGCGCCGUUUGAAUUUCGCACCUUCGCCAAUUUUUAUCGAAUAAUUUUUAGGUCAAUUUUAUGGUUAAUACAUGAAAUAAAAUUCAAGUUGCUCUGUUCGGGCCGCUUUUUUAAGCCUUGAUUUCUUUCAGAAAAUUAUUAUCAUUAGCCUGGAACAUCUAUAGUAUUUGUAUAUCUUGUUAUAAAUCGACUGCCAUGACGGCUAUAGCUAAUGAAAAAUGGCGCAUACUUAUGUUAUGGCGGCUAUAGCAAGUGGGCUAAAAAACUUUAGCCUGUCGGCUGUACAGUUAUCCUUGGUUUGUGUUUUCUUGCAGUAAAAUAUUGUUAUUGUUGAUAAAGGACUUUAUAAACUCACAAGUAGGGUUGUGAGUUUCAAAUAUUUUUUUUUUGAAUCGAAUUUCAAAUCACAAAGUUCCGAUUCGAAUAUUUCCGCAUCUGAUUCUAUUUAGUAUAUCAUUGUAUCAUCGUUAACUAUCUUCAAAUUUGGAUAAAAUAUCCUAUAAAUUUUGAUAAAAUAACAAUAAUGAGCUUGAAGAAUGAAGAAAGUUACUAGAAAAACACAAUGCGUUCAUGUAUCAACUACCAAAUAUAUUACGGCUAAAAUAUUUUUUUUG